AGCACUACAGGAUAACAUAACUCUUCAAAAAUUUUUUUUGUGCCUCAUUUUGGCUCGCCUCUUUACUGCUUUAAAUAGCACCACAGCAGUACUCUUUCUGUAAUGUGAAACUACAACAUAGCAUUUCCUCAAAGCUACUGGACCAAUCAAAUCUGUUUAUAACUUUAAAACAUCCAUUCAGAAAACACAAAGCCUCUUUUGCUGUUGAACAGUUGAACAAGGUACUGAUUCAUUAGAUUUUACUAUCUCACUGUCUAAACAGUAAAAAUGUUUAGUCAUUUUUUGUCUCUUUGCUUCUUCAUAACUGUUAAAACCUCUGCAGUCAAUGAAAUUCAAGUACAAACAGUUAGGCAGGGACUUAGUGUGGCAAUUAAAUGUGGCCAAAACAUAGUCCAAGACAGAAAAAAUCCCCAGCAUUUUUUUGUUUGGUAUAAAAUGGGUUUAGGAAAGGUGCCUCAGUACAUUAUGAGAACAUUUGAGGAUAGUACAAAAUACAGAUUUGCUCGAGCAUUUGAAAAUGGCCACUUCACUGUUUCUGUGAGUGAAGUGAUGUUUGACCUCAUUAUUAAUGAUGUCUCAGAAGAUGACAUUGGAACAUACUUCUGUGGAACAGUGAAGGCAAAUGUUGUAGAGUUUGGAUCUGGGACCCUUCUGCUAUUUCAUGCUGAAAAGAUCAAGUGGCAGCUUCAGACUGAAAUGGUUUUCAAGGACAGAGAAUAUUCUACAGUCCAGUGUUCACUACAAGCUGUUACUGAGAGUUGCUCAGGAGAACACAGUGUCUACUGGUUCAGACAUGGCUCAAACAAAUCUCGUCCAGAAAUUAUUUACACUCAUGGAAACAGGAGUGAUCAGUGUAAGACAGACUCUGAUGCUGGAUCUCCUACAUGGACUUGUGUCUACGACCUUCCCAGGAGUUACACCAGACAUUCUGGUGGUGGAACUUAUUACUGUGCUGUGGCUGCAUGUGGGGAAAUACUCUUUGGAAAUGGAACUAAAGUUGAUGUUGAAGAAUAUAAUCUCUGGAUUGUUACUGCACUGGCAACAUCCAGUAUAUUUAACAUUAUUAUGGUAGUUUUGGUUGGAAUUCUAUUUAAAAAUCAACAGAAAGGUGCUUCCAAUUACAAUCAAAGUCACUUAAAUCAGGCUGAGGACUUUGAUGUGUCAAACUACACGGCUGUGAGAUUUACACAGAAACCUUUGCAAUAUCCAGAGUCAAAGACAGUCAAGAUGUUGAAAUACAGAUUAUAGUGAAAUGAAUAUCCAUCAAAAUCAUCACCAGCAUGGACAGAUCCAAGAAGAUUGCGCUGGACUACAGAUCAGAGAGUCUCUACAAAUUGCUGCGCUGUCUUCGUGAAAAAGGAUUGUUUUUUUGUUUAUUUUAUCAGUGCUUCUCUUAGUUAUUCUCUUAUGGAAAAUAAAGAGCACUUCCUUGCUACCCCACCUCUUGCUUCCUCUGUGCUGUCUAUGUCACACUCCUGGAGAUACCUAAUUAUAUCCAGAAGUCUAUGUGAAGCACUAGAAUUGUCACCAUGUUUGAAACGUGCUAUACAAAUAAACUUGCCUCACCUUG